AUGUUGACCAACAACAAACCAGCUGUUGUGUCGACAGCUGGAACAGCAUCAUCCUCUUCAUCAUCAUCAUCGAUGCUAAAGAACAAGGAGAACUACUACUCGACUCACUCUGUCUCUGGCCUAGGCAAGACAUAUGUACCAUCCGCCGUAUCCAAUGCGAUUACAAAGGUGACAUCAACGGCUCCUGGCCACAAGGACGGAGGCGCGUCAUCCAAGGUCAUGCCUUCAUACACCUCCACAGCAACAGUAGUGCCAAAGUCAAAGAUCAUGGCACCAAGUGGCAACCUACCACAACAUCAUCAAGCGCCGACCGUCACCACAAAGCCUGUUACCUCAUCAGCUGCUGUUGCUACUGCUCCAUCGGCCGCACCACCAGUUCAAGCACCAGCUGCCAGUGCCCCAGUCACAAAGCCAUCGGCGGCCCCAGCAUCCUUUUCCGCCCCUCAGCCACCCGCAUCCCAGCAAGAGAAGAGAAGAUGGGUCAUCUCUGACUUUGAUAUUGGAAAGCCACUGGGCAAGGGCCGCUUUGGUAAUGUGUACCUGGCAAGGGAGAAGUCCAGCAAGUUCAUUGUGGCACUCAAGGUGUUGUUCAAGUCACAGUUGCAGAUGGCCAAGAUUGAGCACCAACUGCGCAGAGAGAUCGAGAUCCAGUCGCACCUGCGCCAUCCCAACAUCCUGCGCCUCUACGGCUACUUUUACGACGAGCAACGCGUCUACCUCAUCAUCGAGUUUGCCAAGGGUGGCGAGUGCUUCAAGACCCUGCAGAUGGUGGGCCGCUUCCCCGAGUGCCAGGCCGCCACCUACACGCUGCAGAUCGCCGACGCCCUGCGCUACUGCCACUCCAAGCACGUGAUCCAUCGCGACAUCAAGCCAGAGAACCUGUUGAUUGGCGAGAAUGGAGACAUCAAGAUCGCCGACUUUGGCUGGUCAGUCCACGCGCCAGACAGAAAGCGCAACACCUUCUGUGGCACUCCAGAGUACCUUCCACCCGAAGUCAUCAACAAGGAGGACUACAACCAAUACGUCGAUGUCUGGAGUCUUGGUAUAUUAAUCUAUGAGUUACUCGCUGGAUUCUCACCAUUCAAGGGAGAGGAUGAAAGAGAGAUCUUUGACAAUAUCAAGGAGAACCGUGUUCAUUUCCCCGAGCACUUCUCAUUAGAGUCCAGGAACCUUAUCCUUGGUUUGCUCCAGAAGAAUCCAGCCGAGAGAAUUACUUUGACCGAUGUGAUCAAUCAUCCUUGGAUCAAGAAGUUUGCUCAUCCAGAGGCACUGAAGCCUGGCAUUGACUUGAAACCAUGGUAUGCCAACAACCAACAAUAUCAACAAAGCAACAGGAUACUGGAUUUCUGA